AUGUCAAAUCUUACAAAAUUGGAUUUUGGAGCUCUUGAUAUUUCGGGAAAGAACUAUUUGACAUGGGCCCUAGACGCCCAAAUUCAUUUAAGCGCAGAAGGUCACAGUGACACUAUUAAAGAAGGAAAUAAAUCAUCUGAUCAACAAAAGGCAAAAACCAUGAUAUUCCUUCGUCGUCACCUUCACGAGGAUCUUAAAAAUGAGUAUCUUACCGUAACUGACCCACAUGUCUUGUGGAAAAAUGUGAAAGAUAGAUAUGAUCAUCAGAAAAUGGUUAUCCUACCAAAAACUCGAUAUGAAUGGAUGUAUUUAUGUUUGCAGGAUUUUAAAAGUGUAAGUGAUUAUAAUUCUGCAAAAAGUAACUGA